AUGUCGACAUCGACCAGGAAGACCGCGGGGGACAUUAUCGCCUCUGCGUCGCGGCCCAGCAAGGGCGCAUCCCAAGAGGACCAACACCGCCACGACUACCGCAAGAACCUGUGGUGCGAGACCCAGUGGACGAACCUGAGCAUGCAGGCCAAGAAGAAUCACGACCUGCCCACGCUGCCUUACUUUGAUCCCGAGACCAUGCUGCUGAGCAAGGAGGUCAACGCGCGGUUGUGGACCCAGUUGUGUCGAUUAUGGGACUUCCUGGGCCCCGACCGCGCUCCGUACGCCACGCCCAUCAUGAUCGAGGGCGGAGAAGUCAAGUGGCAUUCGUUCCUGAACGGGAGCCAGGGCGACGAGGCAGAGAUCUACGACAAGAACGUCGACGCGUUCAUGAGUCAAAACCGGCGACCUGGUGAUUACGAUGGAUGA